AUGAGAAAUCAUAUAAAUCGAAAGGGGCACUACACCAGGGGAGAAGUUGGUCGAAUAGCUGAGGAGAAAGGGGGUGGGGAGAUUAGAGUUAGACAGGAAGUUGAGGGUGGGGAUAAAGAGCCAAUUGUUCAGGUAACCACAACAAGUGAUGACACUGGUGCAGAGUUGAACCAUAUCAUAUGGAUCCUUAAUUUGGCAAGAAAAGAGGAAUGGAAGGAGGUGAUCUACUGGACCAAUUCAAGGAUAAUUGCAGAAGCACUUAACAAUUUGAGAACCCUUGUAGAUCCAGAAAAUUCUCAGUUUACUAAUGUUCGUCGUGAGAGUUUGGGUAUGGGUAGGGGGGAAAGAAUAAUAGUAAUCACCCAUUUGCUGCAUCAGCAUCCGGCUGUGGUCCUCAUCAUCAACGGACCACAAAGACUCGGCCCCACAAAAAUCCCACGUGGCACCACCACUCAGCGUGCUGCUCCCCUCGGACAACUCGAUGUCUUUCCAUAUUUCUUCCAUAGAGUAACCAUCCACGCUUUCUUCAAGUCCCAAGCCCAAACCCAAACUGGGCCCAUUGGAAGCCCGUUUGACGUCCGCGCUGUCUGA